AUGCACACUAUCUCUACAGAAGAAGCAAAACUCAUGCAUGUUCAGUUGCUCAAGCACUUGAAUGCAUCAAACCAUGACAAAUAGGCUCUGUCAAAUGAAUAUCCCAAUGAUUCAGCUGCUUCUGUUGGUGUUCCUGUUCCUUGGACCAUUUUGUUCACCUGCACCACGACUCUCGAAAAAGGAGGAGUGCCUCUUAGAAAACAGCAAACUACAGAAGAAGUUGAAAAUGCUUCAAGAUUUAUUCCAGUUAUGUGAAUUUCAGUUGAGAGACUUGCUGGGGAACAAUUAUCACAGAAGAAAAAGCAAUGUUUUCUCUGCCAGGAAAGCAGUAUCUCUGGAUAUGUUUUUCCCCACAACUAGUGGAAGUCUUUUAGUCUAUGAUCAAGAUUGUGCAAUGCUGUUUAACAGAGGAAAAAGAGAAAGUGGGUACUAUAGAAUUAAACCACGACCGGACAGAGAACCUUUCCUUGUGUACUGUGAUAUGUCAGAUGGAGGCGGUUGGACGGUAAUUCAACGGCGGUGCAACGGCAAAGAAAAUUUCUACCGAGAGUGGCUUGAUUACAAAGAAGGUUUUGGACAAUUACAGGGCAAGGAUGAUGAAUAUUGGCUUGGUAAUGACAAGAUUUAUGAUCUUCUUUUCAAUGGAGGAAUUUCACUGAAAAUUGAUCUAAUGGACUGGCAAGGAGAGAGACGAUAUGCAAUUUAUGAUGAUUUCCAGAUCAGGAAUGAGACAAACAAUUACAGGCUAUGGUUUGGCAUUUAUUCUGGGACUGCUGGGAAUGCUUUGUCUGGGGGGAGCAACUUUGAGAGCCAGUGGUCUGCAUCACUCAACGGCAUGCCCUUCUCUGCUCCUGAUCAGGACCAUGACAGGUUCCUAACAGGCAACUGCGCAGAAGAGAACAAAUGCGGCUGGUGGUUUAACAGGUGCCAUGCAGCAAAUCUUAAUGGACGAUAUUACAAGAAAGGGACAUAUUCCAGUCCCUUUGAUAAUGGAGUGGUUUGGUCAACUUGGCGAGGCCUGUGGUAUUCCCUGAAAUAUACAGCUAUGAAAAUCAGGUUCCAAUCCUUCCUGGAUGGAGAGAGUGGAAAUGGUGAAAUCAAUUGAAGUUUUUUUUUUUUUCAUGCACGUUUGAGAAAGAGAAGCAGGCAUGUCAAAAUUACUGUAUAUGUGGACCUUGGCUUGAGACCCAGCACACUGAAAAAAAAAUCUUACAGUAAGGAGCUAAAUUAGAUUUUGUUGUGGUUUGUCAAUCAUUGUAUUAUACCUGUACAUCAGCUGACAAUUAAAAAGAUGGCUUUUCGUAUAUAUAGAACCUGCCCUCAAAAAUGGGUGGGGGGGGCUCUACUUUAUUGAAGGCACAAAGGACAAUCCUGCUUAUUAUUUACUUUUCCUUUACAAAAAAUAUUCAGUUGUUGAAUAUUCGCUUUGCAUAAACUGGUAUUUUUAAAUUUGUUUUUGGAAUUCAUUUUGUUCCCUCUCUUCCAAAAAAUAACCACCUUUCAGGGAAACACGGAGAAAGAAAACGUUGUAAGUCAUUGGGAAGAAAAGGUUUUAUGGUACAUAAAGAGAGAAUGAAAUUGGUUUUGUGUGAAUCCCAUCAGAGCCCUUCUAAGGAAAGGAAGCAAUUUCUAGUUGCUAUAACAGAUCAAAAGAAUGUUAGAUCGGGAAAUGCAGGUUUACCUGGCAUCUCCUUUUCCUUUCUAAAUUUGUAUUUUCAAAACUUUCUUAAAUUGAAAAAGAGGAAAGAAAAGUGAAAAUCUUGACGGCUGCCUAAUUUAAGUAUAAAGCUAGAUGUGCAUUUUCAUAGGAGGCUUUUUCAAAUUAUUCUGAAUAAGCACCAUGUGUUUAAAACUGUCACGUUUCAAUUUAUAAUGUUUGAAAUAUUACAACGCCAUGAUGGGCUAAGUGUAGCUUUGGGAUGGAUGUUCUCUCAGCCUUCUGGUAAAAUGUGAACAAUUAUAUUAAUUCCUAAUGUGUGAGAAAUUAUCUAGUACAUUUACAUCAGCCAUAUUUAAGGCAAUUAAACCAGCAACAAUUGCAAAAAGACGUAAUCACAAUUAUAUCAUUGUCUUUUAAACAGCAUAAAAAUAAACAUUAGUUUAUUGUUUAUCAAUGUCUAGAAUUUGUCCAUUACAAAACACUAAUAACAUUUCUUGUUUCACAUUACAUUUUUUCACUUACAUUUUCUGAAACAAACACUUUCUAUAACGAUAUGCCAGUGAGAGAAACCAAGCCCAAACUGCUUAAUUUUAAACAGUUUCUUCAAUUGAAAUUUAUUGAAGUUUGCAAAGGAUACGUUUCCUUGAGGGGGGAAUAAUCUUUUUUAAGGUGGAUUCUUCUGAAGCAGAAUAUUGCUUUGCGACUGAGUAUAUCUAACAGGCUUCGCAAGUUUGUAAUUGGAGUUGCUGUGAUGCAAACAGUGGUUAAAGAAGCAUCCAGUGCUUGUCCAAUAGAAAUGAAUAGACCGGCUAUAUUCCUGCUGUGCCUCUAACCACACUAACUUCUUAACUAAUACCACAUGCAGACCUCCAAGUCUGAUUUUAUAGGCCACCGAAUGCCACGGUGUAGAAUGUCAUAGACAUUUUCACAGUCACUUAGCAGCCAUUGAUGAGGAAUUCUGAGGAUAGUAAGGGUAACCAAUUUAAAAUGUAUUAUAUGCUCCAAUACCAUUGUCCAAUACUGUAAACUGUGUAUGUAAGCAUACAGGCUAACCUUGGCCUUAAAGGGUCUAUUUCUGAGACAGUUUAGAGAGAGACUCUGCACAAGUACAUAUUUAGUCAUUAUUUUUGUGUUAGGGUAUCAUUUACUUUUCCCAGUUUUGGCCUGCUUCAAUGGAAUGAUAAUGAGGUCUCCUUCCCAUCUUAAGGAGUUUUCUGUUAAAGUACAAUUUGAAAGUUUAAGAGCUCUUGCAGUUGCUAAUGGUGCAGCUUCCCUUUUUCCCCC